CCAAGAUCAAUUACUCAUUUACUGUUAACCUAUCUAUCUGACAUGGCCUGAGUUGAAUAGUUAGAAACCUCUACUGAUCAUCAGGAUUUAAGUGGAGCAGGACCUGUAUCAAAAAUUAGGUUAGUGAUUUAUGACCUAUUUCCCCAUUCUCCCUAAUAAACAAUUAGAUGUAAAUAAAUUGGACGGUUUGAUUGCUACUAUAUGCUGUGUUAUCAGCAGUUAAAGUUGGAUUGGUGAGAAUUGAGCCUAAACACCAUAUUGACACUUUGCCAUACUGUGCCAUACUGUCCAAUAAUUUCUACUAAUUUGUCUUGAUGCCCCUAAGCAUUUUAGGUUAGAGUGCUCCUUUGCUACGAAAAUAAAAGUAAUCGUGAAAAUUUUUGGUGAAGGAACUUAUACCAAAUUUGUCUUUAUUUCAGUUUUUCCAGUAAAUCACAGUCAUGACCAACACAAAGGGAAAGAGGAGGGGCACCCGCUACAUGUUUUCUAGACCCUUUAGAAAACAUGGAGUUGUUCCUUUGGCCACGUACAUGCGGAUUUAUAAGAAAGGUGAUAUUGUAGACAUAAAGGGAAUGGGCACUGUUCAAAAAGGAAUGCCCCACAAAUGUUACCAUGGAAAAACUGGAAGAGUCUACAAUGUUACCCAGCAUGCUGUUGGCAUUGUUGUAAAUAAACAAGUCAAAGGCAAGAUUCUUGCCAAGAGAAUUAAUGUUCGUAUUGAGCAUAUUAAGCACUCUAAAAGUCGAGACAGCUUCCUGAAACGGGUGAAGGAAAAUGAUCAGAAAAAGAAAGAAGCCAAAGAGAAAGGAACUUGGGUUCAAUUGAAGCGCCAGCCUGCUCCACCCAGAGAAGCACACUUUGUGAGAACCAAUGGAAAGGAGCCUGAGCUGCUGGAACCCAUUCCUUAUGAAUUCAUGGCAUGAGAGGCAUUUUUUAAAAAUAAA